AUGGACUUUGACAGACCAGAGGGCCAAAUGGAGGUACAGUCGGCCCAUGACACGAACUCCAAGAGGGGCAUGCUCCAGGAUGCCAUCUUCCCAGCUUUCGGCAACGAUGCGGGCGCCCCCAGCGUGGAAUCGCCAGAGCAGCUGCAGAAGAACGACCCGCUGGGCACGCAAAUCUGGAAGCUCUACUCGCGGGCAAAGACGCAGCUCCCCAAUGCUGAGCGCAUGGAGAACCUGACCUGGCGGAUGAUGGCCAUGAACAUGCGCCGCGCCGAGAUGGAUCGCAAUAAAGGGCCCGCUCCCGAUGCGCACCACGCUGAAAUGAUGCCGCCGCCGCCCUCAACAGCAGGCGCAAGACCGCCGCCAAGAUCCGCUCCCAGCGGCAUCGCCCAGCAGCUGCGCAAGUCGCAGGACCAGCAAACGCAGGUACAGCAGAACUCGCCCCACGACCAGAUGAACCUGGACGAUUUUAUAUUUCCGUCGUCCGUCGGCAGUCCUGCAGGCCUGUCGCCCGAAUUGUCGAAUGAGGAUGCGGCUCCAUUUAAUGCAACUGCCCCAGCGAUACCGAUAAGAAAGCCGCAUCUAGCCAACGACCACAACCUCUCCCUCGCCCGCGCCUCCGCGCCCUCGGUGCCUCCUACUAUCCACAGAGAGGAUGAAUUUGGCUACGUUCCGCGACACGUCCGCAAGACCAGCAUCGACGAGCGACGACCUCCCAAGCGGCGCGCCGAAGCCUCUCCUCUGGUCCCUCCCGUCAACAGUAUCAUGAUACCCACCGACGCCCAGGCCGAGCACGACCUGCACCAGUACUCGCUCGACCACUCCAUGCAGCCCCCCACCUUCCCAGCCUCACAGGCCCAGGCCCCCUUCAGCAUAGACACCUUCUCCAUGCACGACGACCCCGUCAUACAUUCCGCCGGCCCCUACCAGCAGAACUUCUCGGGCUUCUCUCCUGUCGGCUCGCCCCUCAUGAGCCACAACGCCUUCAACUCCAACAUGUUCAACCAGCAGUCCAUGGCCUCCUCCCUCAACUCCACCGACUACUACUCCCCACCCAGCUCCGCCUUCCCCUCCACUGUCUCCACCCCACAGCCCAUCCCCGAGGACAACCAGAUGUACUUUGACCGGAGUGGCAUGGACAUCCGCAACUCGCACGGCAACGCCUCGUAUGGACCCCACCGACCCUCUAACCUGUCGACCUCCAUGCAGCCGCAGUUCAUCUUCAAUCCCGGAGCCGGCGGUCCCGACUCUGUCUUCAGUCCAGUCACAAGCACGAGUGGGUCGCUACCAUUCUCCUCAGCGUCGUCGUUCGGCCAGUCGAGUCACGUAGACCCGUCUCAGGUGCUCCACAACCAUCUGCCGCUACGACAACAGCACGAGAUGCAGAUGGGACGUCAGGAGAACAUGUUCACCUUCGGCGCAGAUUCUGACGCCGAGGACGAUGAAGGAAGCGCGUUUGCAGACCGUACCAUGCCACAGGACUACUCGCAAAUGGAGGACGGGUCACUUGACUUCAAUGCUGGCUACCAGUGGGAGACAAAUCUCUCAAACCAAUUCAACCCGAUGCAAGCGCGGUAUCCGGCAGGACCCCCACGCAAGACAGUCACAAUUGGCGGCACCGAAAUGGUGCACUCACCGCAAGAUCACUGGAGUCCUGGGGGCAGUCUUGGGCGAACGCAUGGCUCGGCUGCCUCUGUAAGCGACAUACGCAAUCGAGGGAGCGAUCCACGACGCCAGAAAAUACCCCGCACUAGCUCAACACCUAACGCUGCUGGAAUGCUGCACCAGGGCAUGCAUGGUCUAGUCUCGUCACCCAAUUCACCGCCAGAGUCUGGCUUUAAUUCUGCAGCUCCGUCACGGCCUCAAAGUCCUGGUGGAUCGAAGCAGGGUGACGGCGGUGCCCCCACAACCUGCACUAACUGCUUUACCCAGACGACGCCUUUGUGGCGACGCAACCCAGAAGGACAUCCACUUUGCAAUGCAUGUGGUUUGUUCUUAAAGCUGCACGGAGUUGUUCGGCCCUUGUCGCUCAAGACCGAUGUAAUCAAGAAGCGCAACCGCGGAAGCGGCAACGCACCUGUAGGCACGACAUCUACGCGAUCGUCAAAGAAGUCGUCGCGAAAGAACUCAAUCGCGCACACUCCGGUGACGACUCCCACGUCCCAUAAAGCGGCCGAGUCUGAGUCUCCAAAAUCUACUGGCUCUGGUGGAGGCGCCUCGGGUACCAUGUCCUCAGCUACCACACCGACAUCUUCAAAACCGAGCGGUGUGGUUCCAAUCGCGCCCGGUCCGCCCAAGUCCAACAGCUCCGUAAACUUGGCACAGGCUCGCACUGUCGCUCCUGCGCCGAAGCGCGUUCGCGGCUCGAGCAAAGUGGAAUCACAGGAGCUCGAAAUGGGAGAUGCGGACGAUACGAGUGGAAGAGCGCCAUUGCGCAGAAAAGACACUGCCAUCGCUAGUCCCAGUCCUUUCCCAGGCCAGAAUCUAGGCGCUCUUCCAAUGGGUGCCAUGGGCCAAGGCCUGCAAUCAUCUGGUCCUGCUGAAUGGGAAUGGUUGACUAUGAGCUUGUGA